GCUGGUUUUUCCGUUUCUUUCUUUCUUUGCAUGUUAUAUGUCCUUUAUUCCCCAGCUACGAUGAUGUGAUGCACUGCAAAUUCCCUCUCUUAGUUCUAGCCUUCUUUCGUAUUUCUCCGCCAUGAGGGCCGGCUGUUUUCGUUUUGUUUUACUUUUCUUUUCAAUCCCCGCUGAAAGCAAUAUUCUCUGCGUGUCGCUCUAAUGUGAUUAUGAUCAAUGGGUCGGUUUGGGUGGCACGGUUUGGGGCGGUUAUCUGGUGGUAUUCCUAUUUGAUUUUUUUUCCCUUGACUUGUUACGAUCUUAUCCUCGCGGGUUCCAUGGGAGGAGGCGUGGAUUCUGGUGUAUAUGAAAGCAGAUCCACCGGUCGGUCCGAUGCAACGCUGCUUGCAGAUCCACAUUGCUAUUUCUUUGUGCUAGUGUUUCAUGCGAUUUUUCAGCAAGGAGCUGGUGAUAUCAUUAUCUACCCUAUGUCUUUUUCUCGAGCUCCCCUUUCUGCAAUCACGCCAACUACAAAGAUGGUUUCGGGUACUAAAGCAGCAUCAUGCAGGAGAUGUAUAUGAGAAACGUUUACUUCUCUUGUACGUUUGGCGGGUAUCUUCUGACGGCGGGACGACUCGGUUUGACGUUCUACGCUUUUUUCUUCUGCAAUUCAAUUCACGACAUGCACAUGUGGGUGGUUCUCUCUCUAUUCGACUUGA